UGGUCCUCACUUUCCGAGGAGCCCGAGGAGGAGCGGGUGAGGCCCCCGGCCGGCCGCCCGGACCUCGCGAAGCCGGCCUCUUGGCCGCCCCCGCCCCCGUCCCCCCGCCGGGCUCCAAAUCCGGGGGAGGCAGGGCAGCCCGAGGCUCACGGGUUCGCCCUCCUCCACGCAGCACAUCUUGAUUCUUCGCAGCCUGGUCCGGUCGGCGGAGAGCGAUGCCGCUGCCCGACACCAUGUUCUGCGCGCAGCAGAUCCAGAUUCCGCCGGAGCUGCCGGACAUCCUGAAGCAGUUCACCAAGGCUGCGAUCCGCACCCAGCCCGCCGAUGUGCUGCAGUGGUCCGCGGGGUAUUUUUCAGCGUUGUCCAGAGGAGACCCACUUCCUGUCAAGGACAGAAUCGAGAUGCCCAUGGCCACGCAGAAAACAGACACAGGCCUGACUCAAGGACUCCUGAAAGUCCUGCACAAGCAGUGUAGCCACAAGCAGUAUGUGGAAUUAGCAGAUCUUGAGCAGAAAUGGAAAAAUUUGUGCCUGCCAAUAGAGAACUUCAGGGCUCUGUUGCAGUUGGAUCCUUGCGAAGACAAGAUCGAGUGGAUAAAAUUUUUAGCGCUUGGAUGUAGCAUGCUUGGUGGGUCACUGAACAGUUCGAUGAAGCACCUGUGCGAGAUCCUCACCACCGACCCUGAGGGCGGGCCUGCGCGCAUCCCGUUUGAGACUUUCUCCUAUGUUUACCGUUACUUGUCCAGAAUAGACUCGGACGUACAUGAAGUGGACACGGAGUCCUACCUUGCGACUUUAAAGGACACUCUAGAAUCGAGAAAGAAUGGCAUGAUAGGACUUUCAGAUUUCUUCGUUCUGACAAGGAAAGUUUAGGAAGCCUCGAGAAGAAAAUUCAGAAGACAGAGGCCAUUAAU